AUGAAGGUUCUAACAAUUGCGGUAUUCGCGGUUCUCUGCGCCGUGGUCCCUGCCAGGCCCAAUGGCUUUGGUUGGGGACGCUACCAUGGAGGCUGGGCAGGAAAUGUUCAGCGUGGCGGCUGGAAUGGCAACGGUGAUCAGUGGCAUGGUAACUCAGGUAGCUGGGGCAACAAUUUGGAUCAUGGCCGCUGGAAUCGUAAUGGGGAUAGAUGGCAUGGCAACUUUGGCGGUUGGCAUAGCGAUGUCAACGGUUGGCAUAGAGACGAGCGCUGGGAGCAUCAUAACAAGCAUGAAAUUCGCACUGAACAGCCGCCAGCACCGCCAAGCACUCCAGAACCUCCAGAAUCAACGCCUGAGGAACCCCAAACGCAAUCCACCCAGGCCCCGGAAGAGUCAACCCCAGAAACGCCAGAGAAAUCUACCCAGGCACCAGAAGUAUCUACGCCUGAUGUACCUGAGGAGACUACUCCGGCGCCAGAAGAGCCCGUAGAAACCACUAAAACCCCAGAGGAACCAGAGGAUUCAACAACCGAAGGUUCGGGUGACCCUGACGAAACCACUCAGGCACCAGAAGACCCAACUGAGACUACCCAGACACCCGAAGAGCCUGAGAAAUCAACUAAGGUACCCGAAGAACCGACAGAAACUACACAGGCACCCGAAGAGUCUACCCAGACACCCGAAGAGCCUGAAGUGUCUACCAAGGGAACAGAGGAACCUGAAGAGUCAACCACGGCACCCGAAGAGUCUACCCAGGCACCCGAAGACCCUGAAGUGUCUACCAAGGGAACAGAGGAGCCUGAAGAGUCAACCAAGGCACCCGAAGAGUCUACCCAGGCACCGGAAGAGCCUGAAGUGUCUACCAAGGGAACAGAGGAGCCUGAAGAGUCAACCAAGGCACCCGAAGAGUCUACCCAGGUACCGGAAGAGCCUGAAGUGUCUACCAAGGGAACAGAGGAGCCUGAAGAGUCAACCAAGGCACCCGAAGAGUCUACCCAGGCACCGGAAGAGCCUGAAGUGUCUACCAAGGGAACAGAGGAGCCUGAUGAGUCAACCAAGGCACCCGAGGAGCCGGCCGAGACUACCAAGGCACCCGAAGCAUCAACGACCGAGGGUUCCGGCGAAUCCGCUGAGUCAACGACUGAAUCAGUGGAGGGCAGCGGAUCGGCAAGUGCAUAAGUACUCCCUAAGAAGCACAAGUAGGAAUUUAAUUAUAAGUUCGAUGUAACGUGAAGAUAGCAAAAGAAGGCAAUUGAAAACCAAGUGAUGGUUUUUUUGUAUAGUUAAGGAACGAAAUGAUAUGUUAUUAUAAGUAGUUGGUUUUAUUCUAAUUAUACGAUUGAGAAAUCACAUAUUCCACACUUUAC